GUCUGCCUGUUGCUGUUGAUCAGCGUCUUGGGACAGGACUUCUCUUGCCUUCAGAAUCAGCCAAGAAAGUAUCUGUCAAAGCUUAUGUUGAUUAGGUUACUCAAGAAGUAGGAAAAGUCGGAGAGCAUUCUUUUUGGAAGGUGAAAUACUCUGAAGUCACUGGUCUUUUGAAAUAUGUGUGAACUGCUGCAGGACAUUGCUAUAUGGAAUACAGCUAGAGACAAGGUUUGAAGACCAACAGGAACAGCGGGCAGUUUUGUGGAUUAAGAUUAAUACCUGGAUAGAAGAUACAUUUUCUUUACCCCUUGUGCUGUUUACCCCAAGAUGAGUCAAAAAGACCCAUCAGAAGGAGUGGAAAGAAGCUCAGAAGAACCCUUAUGUUUGAUCUGUGGCCAGCCCCACCUCCCAGAAGAGAACCAUGUCUAUAGCUACACAGAAGAAGUGGAUGACGAUCUAAUCUGCCACAUUUGCUUGCAACCGCUGCUUCAGCCUCUGGACACGCCAUGCGGCCACACCUACUGCACAAUUUGCCUUACGGAUUUCCUAGUGGAAAAAGACUUUUGCCCGGUGGAUCGCAAAACUCUGACCCUACAAUCUUGCAGAAAGUCAAGCAUAUUAGUCAAUAAACUCUUGGAUAAACUAAUGGUUAGCUGCCCUUUCACAGAGCACUGCUCCGAGGUCGUGCAACGCUGUAACCUUCAGCAGCAUUUUCAGAAUGGGUGUAAAGGAGCAUCUCAUUACGGCCUUACCAAGGAACGAAAACGGCGUUCGCAGGAUGGAUCUCCUGAUUCUAAUUCCCCUUUAACUGUAGCUGCCCUUGGCCCUGAGCUCUCUGCUUCUGCCACCAUAGCCUUAAUGACAGAUGAGCCAGGCCUAAUCAAUCCAGCCUUUAGCACCACCUCAGAAGACAACCAGUCAGGAGCCACCUCUGCAGAUCUCCACAGAAGCAACCAAACUAGAACUCGACAUUUUGAACGUUCUUCUAUAAGGAGCAGGUCUUUUAAAAAAAUUAACAGAGCUUUUAGUGUUCUUCGGAGGACGAAAAGUGGGAGUGCCGUUGCUAACCACGCCGAGAGGGAGAGGGAGAGUGUUGACCAUUUGGUUGCCUUGGAGGAAGAUCCAGUGCACCCCGCCCCACAAACGCACGCAGCAAAAUCACGAAGCAGAAUCGGCAAAAGCAAGACAGAAAGUAUACCGGUACUUCUCUCUAGGUUUGGCAGUUCAUCGCCAUGUAAGAGAUGGAAGUUUGAGGGGACAAAGCAAGUCUUCCCGAGGCUAUACCACCUCAUCCCAGAUGGUGAAAUUACCUGCAUUAAGAUCAGCCGCAGUGAUCCCAACGAAAGCCUUGCCAUUAGGAUUGUGGGAGGCAGCGAAACGCCAUUGGUUCACAUCAUCAUACAGCACAUCUACCGAGAUGGAAUCAUUGCCAGAGAUGGAAGGUUGCUGCCAGGGGACAUGAUACUGAAGGUAAAUGGCAUAGACAUCAGAAAUGUGCCGCACAGCUACGCCUUGUCGGUCCUGAGGCAACCUUGCCAAGUCCUCCGGCUCACCGUACUCAGAGAGCAGAGGUACCGAUGCCGAAACAGUGGGCUUUCUCUGGACAUUCCCUGCAACAGGGACGACAGUUUUCACGUGGUUCUGAACAAAAGCAGCCCGGAUGAGCAACUGGGCAUUAAGCUGGUUCGCAAGGCUGAUGAAACUGGGGUGUUUGUUUUCAACUUGCUGGAAGGAGGCGUUGCUGCCCGCGGUGGGCAGCUUCAGGAGAAUGACAGGGUUCUGGCAAUUAACGGGCACGAUCUUCGAUACGGAAGUCCAGAAAGUGCAGCCCAGCUGAUACAGGCUAGUCAGAAGCGAGUUCACUUCACUGUGUCUCGGCAAACCAGGCAACAGACUCCUGAUAUCUUGCAGGAGGCUGGAUGGGAUUACAAUGGUAGCCACCAGCUCUUCCCUUCUCUGAGGAACAAUCCUAACAAGACUGGCCUCCAUGCGGUCACCUGUCAUGAAAAGGUGGUGGUUGUCCGGAAAGACAACGCGGAAUCGCUGGGAAUGACUGUGUCAGGUGGUGCCUUCUCCCACAGGGAAUGGGAUUUGCCUAUCUACGUUAUAAGUGUUGAACCAGGCGGAGUCAUCAGCAGAGAUGGCAGGAUCAAAACAGGUGAUAUUCUGCUCAAUGUGAAUGGAAUUGAUCUGACAGGUGUGAGCCGUGGGGAGGCUGUAGCCCUUUUGAAAAACAUCUCCUCGUCUGUUGUCCUCAAAGCAUUAGAAAUGAAAGAGUGCGAGACCUUGGAGGAUGGCGAUGACCUCUCAUUGCUCGAUGCCAGUUUGAGCACGUCUAGCCAGAGCGAAUGGUCUCCUUCCUGGGUGAUGUGGCUUGAGGUCCCACGGUAUUUAUACAGCUGCAAAGAAAUUGUAUUACGAAGAAAUACAGCGGGAAGUCUUGGCUUCAGUAUUGUGGGGGGUUAUGAAGAGCACAGUGGGAACAAGCCAUUCUUUAUCAAAUCCAUUGUUGGAGGGACACCAGCGUAUAACGAUGGAAGAAUCAGGUGUGGUGACAUCCUCCUUGCAGUUAAUGGUAGGAGUAUCUCAGGUAUGAUGCAUGCCUGUUUGGCAAGGAUGCUCAAAGAACUGAAGGGGAAAAUUUCUCUCACCAUUGUGUCCUGGCCUGGCACUUUUUUAUAAAGGUGUAUUGCAACUGGAAAGCGAAAAAUUAUCUGACACAAAAUCAGCCACUUAAUAUGGACAUUUGUUUACUCCACUUUCUGGUCAACUGUAUACUUGUAAAAGAAAACAUUGUAAGUAUAAAUGUGCAUAACACAAACUGAAUGGUCUGA